CCCAAUCACGUCACGCGAGACGGCACAGACAAGAAAAAAAGAGGAGAGAAACACGAACAACAGUUAUCCGUGUGUGAAAUUCCCACGACAUUCUCGGAAGAUAUGUUAACCCAAUCUUCAAUGACUGCAAAGGACUGCAUGAAAUCGUAAAGGUGAGCUCGAGCAUCUGCGUUUUUGAGACAAUUCCACGAAGACGAGUGGGGAAAAACUCGUCCGAGGAUAUACACUGCCGCGUCACUAAAGAAUAAUCCCAAAAAAAAACAAUGAUUAGCUAGCUUUAAUGCGAAGUAAAACUAUAUCAAUUUGAUGUGUAUUCAAAUAAAUCUCAUGGCGUUUUUAAUUGCCACGAAAGACUGAAGUUCUUAUUGACAGCGGGGAAAGUAUGACACAGCUGUGUGUGUACUCCAAAGAUGAUCUAUUAUAUUGGCAAGAUAGCCGAGUGACCGCUCUAACAAUGGAAAAACAUGUCCUCAAUGAUUGAAGGCAAACGAGAUCAGGUGGGUCCAUUCUAGCCAGUGAGAGGGCAGAUACGCGUGUGAACAUCAGGCACAACUAAGUGUUUUUUCUCAAAGUUAUCGGAAUGCCACGUGCAACCACUUAUAUCAGUAUAUUUGUAACAGCCUAAACAUUACAAAACGUAUAUUAAAUAAGCCUCACGUAAUUCGACACCCAAAGACCGACGUACAAAAAAUAGGCUUAUCUCACGUGAACAGAUCCUGGGCGGAGUAAAUCCUCUCGUUUCGCCUCGUCCUCUGUCUGUGUACUCUCAUGUUUUGGUUCAUGGGCUUCUUCUAGUGGAAGAAUGAGGAAGUGGAUGGGACAGAAACAGCAGUAAAAGGGGGCGAGUGAGACAUGUCAUAAAGCCUCUAGUUACAGACGUUGAGUCCUCUUGCAUCACUACCAGAACACAACUCACCCACUGUUAGCAGUUAAACAGCAGAGCACAAGUUUAUUAUAUUUAUUUGUAAAAUGAAUGUGACACAGUCCAUUAUUUUCGAUUAGUAAACAUGCUCCCAAGCAGCUGAUCAGUGUUCAGUAUGAAAUCCAUGUAGGCCUAAUUGCCUAUGAACAUGUUAAAGCAGGUGAAGUAGACAAGUGAACUUGCAAGUGAACAAGGGCCUGAUUGAUUAUGACAAUAAUAACAUCAUAGGCUUUACUUUAUAUGGAACAACACUCACAGUUAUGUUGUUGAAUAUAGAAUGGGACUUUUAAUAAUUUUGAAAUAUUAUCAUAUGAAAGAUGAAGUCUCUAACAAUAUAGCACAAUUUGGACAAUGCAAUCAAUGUAAUGUGUCUAUUUAGUAAAGGUUACUUAACAGUGCAGUGACAUUUUAAUUCUUAAAAAUGAAUAAACAGUAGAUGUUACAGGUUUGAUUUAUUUUGAUUCUAUUUUUUCACUAUAGGAUAUGAAUUCCUCUGACCAUGGGGAAAACUCGGAUGGAGAAAAGCUCGAGAGAGGUAAGUCUAUAAACAAUUUCAUUCCACUGUUAUAAUGCAACAAUCCACUUCGAAGCGGUUUGGAUUGAUCAACACCUAAGUGGGAAAAUCUAAUUCACUUGUAAAUAACAUAACAUUGAUUUUAAAUGUUUUUCUGCAGAGAGAGAACCCAUUCAAGGCAUCAAGUUGGAGACGGAUGACUGUGCUAUUAGUGAGACAACUGAAGGACCACGAAAAUGGUCCCUUGGAACUAGUGAGGCCACCAGCAAACGUACUGCCAUGGACAUGGGCUGUGACGCUCACAAUUCUGAAUUGGACCAGUCUACCAGCAGCAAGAGAGUCAGGGUCUCUAGUGAGGUAAAUUAAUGAAAUGGCAUAAUCUAUGAUACCUCAUGACUAACUGAACUUGCUAAAUAGGCCUGUCUAUGUGAUGCCAUUUGUCCAUCUAUUUAUUUAGCGUGCUUAUUCCAGUUUUUAUAUGACAUUGAAAAUACAUUUGAGAUAAGAAAUUGAUAAUGUUGUUGUCUCUGUGUAGGCCGGGCGGCGCUUGCUGAGGAGAUUGUCUGAAGAGUCCACAAGGCCUCAACCCCUUUGCCUGACAUCUGCUGACCAGGAGAAGACUAUAGCCUCUUACAGGAAGCCUCUCUACAGCAUCUCUCACAGAAUCACAGAGAAGAAGCUCACAUCAAGCCUUGACCAGCAUGCUCAGCAUGAGGGAGGAGUGCGGCUAAGCUACAGCAGCCUCUUAUCCCCUCAACUGGUCAAUACAGGGGAGCACAGCCGAAGUGAACCCCUCUCUGCCCUGGGUGCGGCAGGGUCCAUGUCUUCAACAGACUCUAAUCUAUACUCCCUCAUUGAGAAGAUGUUUUUCAUCCUUAAUACGCUCAACUCAAGCAUGACCCAACUGCACAGCAAGGUUGAUCUACUUUCCCUGGAGGUCACUCGCAUCAAGAAACAGAUCAAACCCUCGGAGAUGGCGACUGAGUUCCAGCCUCCGCCAGAAUACCUGUUGACAAAUGAGGAGCUGAGUCAGCUGAUGGAGCAGACAUCAAAUGCUGGCGAGUUGGGUUGUCGACUGCUGGUACACCUCUUCCCAGAACUUCUUAAAGCCAAUGAGUGCACUCGUGGUUGCAUCACCAACAAGAGAACGUUGGAUUCCUUACAUCUGCAGCUAAUACGCAACUAUGUGGAGGUGUGCUUUCCUCUGGUUAAGAACAACAACAUUUGGCAGGAUGAAUGCCUAUUACAGAUUAAUGACUUCUUUAACCGCUUCUGGGCCCAGAAGGAUAUGGAGAGUGGCCAACAGUCAUGUGGGAAACAGACUAUUACAAGCUUUGGUUUCAAAGCUGAGCAGAACCAGCCCUGCCAUUUUAUAAAUGAGGAGGGACAAGAAGUGCACCUUGACUUAGAUUCCAAUGGUGACCACACCAACAACAACAAAGUAGUGCCAGACCUUGUGUUUGACACUCAGGAGGUUGGAGAGGAUCUUGAUGAGCUUUCUUCCCCUGAAGACUUUGUUAUGUUUCUUGUAAACCGACUUUUCCCUGAGGUUUUUGAGGAGGGGAAAUUUCCAGAGGGUAGUGUGGGAAAGAUGAUCUUGGACUCGGACAGGAUAGAAAUUAUCCGUAAAUACAUGGAAGCAAAUUUUCCUGAUGUCUCAGAGGAUAGUUGGCUGCAGGUGUGUGUGCAGCGCAUAGAAGACGCAAUAGAGGGUUCUCACAGUAACGGCAAUGGCAGCGAUCCUGAGAACAUGAACGAUGAAAGCUAUGACUCCACAAGCCUCCCUGACGAUGUCUCUAUCAUCAAGAUCAGUGACUUGUGUGACUACGAGAGACCAGGUCGUAGGUCAAAAAAGUCCUUGCUUGUGCCAGUCGAUUUUGAACAACUUGAGAUGCCCCUACCAGAGUUCAGUGUGCCUCAAGAGUAUCUGCUCUCCAGGGAGCAGCUGAGGAACAACUAUGACUGUAGCUUGUCAAUUGGGAAUUUUGCCUCUCGCUUGUUGGUACUUAUGUUCCCUGAGCUCUUCACCUAUGACAACGCACGGAAGCAUUACAACUGUAGUGGCUCUCUCGGGAAGAAGCAGCUUGAUCCUGUACGGGUCGACCUUAUUCGCCACUACGUACAGCUACUAUAUCCACGGGCCAAGAAUGACAGAGUGUGGACCCUGGAAUUUGUGGGUAAACUGGACGAGCGGUGCAGGCGUCGAGACACGGAACAACGGCGGUCGUACCAGCAGCAACGCAAAGUCUACGCUCCUGAGGUGGAGCAAGAGCCUGUGGACUUUGUGGCUGCUUGCCAAGUGAACCAGCUCAACACAGAGCGCUUGAAGGACUUCGAAAUUCCUCCACUACCGCCCGAAAAAAGUAGCAAAGACUUCUGCAAGAUCCCCCUGGAGAAAUUGACGGUGUCGAUCCCGGACUUCCCCGUGCCUUCGGUCUACUGGCUCUCAGACACUGAGGUGCGAGAGAUUGUCCAGCAGAGCCUUUCUGUGGGAAACUUUGCUGCCCGCCUACUGGUGCGCCUCUUCCCUGAGCUCUUCACACAGGAGAACCUGCGGCUUCAGUAUAACCACUCGGGCGCCUGCAAUAAGAAGCAGCUGGAUCCUGUGCGUCUCAGGCUCAUCCGCCACUAUGUAGAGGCCGUAUAUCCAGUUGAGAAGAUGGAGGAGGUCUGGCAUUACGAAUGCGUGCCAAGCAUAGAUGAGCGAUGCCGGCGGCCCAACCGUAAGAAGUGUGACAUACUGAAGAAGGCCAAGAGAUCAAAUACUGUGUCCUAGUCAAAGCUGAAGGCAACACUUACUUUUUUUAUUCUAAAUAUUUACACAAGUACAUAAGCUGAAUAGCAUAGUGAAGCCUUUGCACACGGUCCUGUGUAGGAUAAGGCCAACUCUUAAAGGCUUUUCAUCAGUACUCUUAAUGGAUGUAUUUGUAAUAUCGAACUACAGCAUUAGACGGUGUAGUUUUUCAUCGAUGACGUUUGAGAUGAAAUCAUGAGAUGAUAGACUAAGUUUCAAUGUACAAAAACGAUACUGUAAUAGCUAAUCUAACUUACCCUGUAGAUAAGCUGUUGUAGCCUUAAAAACAAUAAACAUGUAAAUAUUACAAAGACAGUAGAUCAGUCAAAGAUGGAUAGAAAUUGUGAUAUUAUUUUGUUCCAACGCACAUGUUGUAGCAUUAUGGCACCACUGGUCUUUUAUAAAAUGUUAUGUUAUACCUUCUUAUAGAAGUUUGUACUAUAAAUCUGUAUUAAACCAUAGCAACAGGUCAUGUUAACCCAUUUGUAAUAAAAUCAGUCGAAUUUAGCAUUUCACUUUAUUAGCAUUUAGCUAAUUAAAUACUUAUCCCACCCAUAUUUUCUUUGCAUCUGAUUCAAGCCAUGACUAUCCAUUACUUAAUUAUGUAGAAUGACUUGGAGAAUUUGGAUCUGUUAUUAACAUCUGUUAAUUGAAAAUGGUGUCAAGGCCAUUUGAAACCAGAUAAGCCAAUGAUAACACAUAACAAGAGGACUACUGUAAAAACUGCACAAUUCACUAUGAUGUAACAUCAUGCAAAGAUGUAGAUAUUCUAAUUCCCUUGUCAAUGGCGAGAAUUAUAGUCAGUAUCGUCCACUAAAAACUCUUG